AAUUCAUCAGAAAUCGGAAUUCUGCAGAGGGAAUCGAGCGCGAUGGUGCAGAGAAAGCCGAGAAUCCUCGAAGAAACGGCGAAAACAGCAAUGUCUCUCACUCCGAAUUCCUCGGAGAAAUCGACCAGCACGACCACGGAGGGCAGUCAAUCGGAGAAUCGGGAAACCGCUUACUUCCCAGGAUGCAGACGAGACGCGAACUGCAACUGCGAGAUCUGCAUCGCCAGCAUCAACGCCACUCUCGAUUUGAUUCCCCAGAGCGUCCAUGGAAGCUCGCGCACCGUCAAUUCGAGGCCGAAUUUUCCACGAAGCCCUGUUUCCUUCCCCUCGCCGGCGGAUCUCCUGACGCCGAAAUCGGCGGCUCGUAUGAGGCGUGUGGAUCAAUCGCCGCUCUCGAAUUCCAUCGGAGCCCCGAAUUUGAAGAAGAAUCCCGUCGGAAAGGGAGGAUUCAGUUCUAGGGUUUACAUAGUGAGUUUCAUUUUGGGGAUAAUUCUCUUCUGCUGUGUGUACGGAUUACCCCGAAAAAGCCCUAGGGUUUUGAAGGCUCAAUUUCCCCCAAAUUUCGUGCAAAAUUUCGGGGAGAAAUUGGGGGAAAUUGAAGAACUCAACGCAAAAUUCAUGUUCCUGAAGAAUGAAUUAGAAUCAUUUGUUGGCAACAAGGUUUCAAGCUGCAGCUCCGAUGAUUCCCAGUGGAAAAUCAAUCAGAAUCGUCUGUUACUGCAUUCAAAGUGCGUAUUGUACAAAUCAAUGGUCGAGGAGGUAAGCAUUUGGGGGUGGCCAUUGCCAGCUGCCGGAGUUCUGACAACAGAGGGUUCUGUAAGAACACUCCUCAUUUUAUCCGGGAGCAUCUCAGAAUGGAUAAGCCCGAAAGCGAAUUAUUUGGUCCGAAAAUCGAACAGCACGUGGGCUCAGAGAAAAUGGAGCUCGACGGUGGUGCAAAUGGAGUCGAACACAUGGAUUCUCGACUACAGGCGGUCCCUUUUGGUGGACAGUGCUGCCGGGGUGGUGGAGCUGGCGAAGUCGUGGCCGGGGAAAAUUGUCGAAAAGGUUGUCCAGGGAUUUCUAACCAUGGCUGAAAUGAGACAUUAUCGUCGUCGUCAUCAUCAUUGUGAUUUUAUUACAGGGGGUUGUGUUGCUGCUCCUACUUAGGUUAUUAGGAGAUUUUUGAAGUAGUGUUUUGUCUGGUUUUUAUGUUUGUAAGAUAAGAUGGUGUUCUUUGAAGAGAAUGUGUACUUUCUUUGUAUGUAAUUCUCAUUACUCAUGAGAAAGUUUUUUGGUCCUUUUGAAUUCAGAACCAAUAUAUUUGUUUUGUCAUUU